ACAGUGACAAACUGAAACACCCUGCCACGGUUCUGACAACUGUCCACUCGGCGAGUUUUGUGAUAAUUCCUCACGAAUUAUUCUAAGAUCAUGUCUAUCGAAAGUGAAUUGAACAACAUGCAAAUCACCGAAAACUCGGACGCAAAAUACAAGUACAUAAACGUGUUUAAGAACCCAAGUAAACAGCCAAUUAAUCUGAUCCAUCUGGAGAAAAAAAAUGUGACAGUCAAACAACAACCGUUAAAUAAACUCGAUGUAACGCAACUAACAGAUGACGAAUUAGUGAAAAACCUGUGUCAAAGUCGAACAGAAAUCAUUCCCGCACUGGAUAAACGAUGGUUGCCAAAGUGUAUUUUGUAUCCCUACGAACCAUAUAACUUUACAGAACCAGCAGAAGACAACCUAGUAUUCCUGGAGAAAAACAGAUUGUUUAUGCGUAGUUUGGACUAUUUGGUUAAAUGCAAUUAUCAUCAGUUUUGGUGCACUAUCUUAUUUGAACCAAGUGCAGCAGUUUGUCUUCGAAGCUUUAUUUUACAUCCAAUAUCUAGUUUACAAAGUAGUUAUUUGGAUGGAGAGUUUUUUAUGAUGCACACAGAGAUUAAGCAAAAAUUUUUGCUUGUUUAUGAAAGACUGUUAAAGUUUAAAGCCUCAGAGACUGAAUUUAUGGCACCAGAAUAUGGUAUAAAACAGAUUAUAGACCUGAAAUUAUUAAACUUACCAAUUGUAAUAACUUUAGCUCUGUUGUACAAAAACAAUAGAUUAGACUUUGUGAAUACUUUAACAAACUUAUACUUCAACAACACAUCACAGCUAGACUUUCAAAUCAAAGAAACAGAAGAACUAUUAAAACAGUCAAUUUUGAUUUUAGAAAUGAUAGGAGGAAAUGUGUGUGGUUUUGAUCAGGAUGCAGUGAUUGUACCUAUUUCAGUAGAACCCAGACCAGCCUUAUUUAAUUUAGGUUGGAUUUACUCCAUAGUCAACUAUUUACAAUACACAGUUUCAACUUUAAAUAUAUUAUUCCAGUUUUAUAAACCAGCCAUUGAUAUGGCACUUUCAUUAGACUUACCAUAUAGAUUGCCAUAUAUUUAUAUGAGUGUUUACAUGGAGUUGUAUGACUUGUUGAGAGGUCGAGAUCAAAUUGAGGAAAACAAGGAUUUGAGCAGAAAAAUUUUCGAUGAAAUUAAUCUAGGACGUAGUGAAUUCGUUGAUUUAUUCCAUGUUUUUGUGUCACAUUGUUUAGAUAAAGCUCUGCAAACAAUUGGUGAUACCAAACAACAGGAAGAAUUAGUUGAGGUUUAUCUAAAACUUCUCAACACAGCUUUAGAAGAUGACUACUUUAUCUGUGAUUAUAAUUCAAAGUAUAAUGUGGCUGGUUCAAACGAGUUAUUCCAGAGUUGCACUCCAAUAGAUCCAACAAGGACUGAGUUCAUAAGCACUUGCAUUUCUAAGUUCAAUAGACACAAAAAAUUGAACCAGAUCGCAAAACUGAAUAGGAAAACCAUCGUGGACGUAUUCAAAGAGUUCAAACCAAUUGAAAUCGAAUCGCCACCCGAAAUCUCGCCGGAAAUUCCACCAGAGCCUUUGCCCAAUAACAAAACGCCUUCAGACCACAAUUUAGAUGAUUUGAUCGGAGGAAUUGUAGAUAUGUUCCCGCAUUUAGGUGAUGGUUUCGUUUUGAAGUUGUUAGAGGCCUACGAUUACAAUUCGGAAGAUGUAAUCAAUGCUGUUUUGGAGCAGAACAUUCCGCCGCAUUUGUGUGACAUUCCGUUCGAUAUGAUUCGAAUUCCGCCAGAACCUAAACCUAAAGAACCCAUCAUUGCGUUCAAGGGGAAAAAGCCUCAGUUCGAUGACGCGCUCAAGCUUCUUAACGACAAAUCUGAAAUGAAGGAUAUAAAAACGUUCGUCCUUGAAGGAGUGGAGUACACGAACAAUAACAUCUAUGACGAUGAGUACGACGAUCGUGAUGACGAAAUAGAUCACAUGAAAGUAGGCGACAGUCCAAUGGAAGAAUCAUUCCAAACCUUCAAUCCAAAUAGAGAGGAUCUAGCAAGCGAUACGAGCUUCUCGAGUGAAGAAGAGUUCGAGGACAAGGAACAAAGCGUGAACAAAAACGAUCCCAAGUCCCGGAACUUCUGCGAGGAUCCGGCAGUAAUCAGGGCGAGAAGGGAACAAAGAUAUCUGAGCAGGAAUCCGCACGCGCAGCCCAAAACAAAAGACGUGGUGGGGAAAGCGAAGGGUCAGGGUCAGGAGAAGAACGUGUUGCUGAACAGACAGAAGAAAAACGUGAAUAAAUCAAGCAGGGCGAACCACAGCAGAAAGAGUGGGGCGCAGUUCAAAAGGAAUAGGGGCAUGAUUCCAUCUUAAAACUAUAUAUUUUUGAAGUAUUAUUUUUGUUUUGUUUGAAUGGAUAUUUAUUUAUUAAAUUUCAUAUUUUUGUGAA